CCGGAAGUGAGCGUUGCGCGGGGCAACCAAAACGACUAAACACGAGAGAGUGGACUUUCUAAAAAGGCAUGACCUGAUGUUUAACUCUCUGACAUCCUGAAGACCUUCAGCUGAAAUGGCCAGCAUCGCCGAGAAAGAGGAUGCUCGGGCUGAGUUGGAUUCUGUCGAAGCUGAGUUGGAGCUGUUGGAGCUGCAGAUCUCUGAGCUCCUGGAGAAGCAGGCAUCUCUAACCUCCAGGAAAAACAAACUCCUGAAGAUCCUCGACGGCUCAUGUACCUCUGCUCAACCCUCAGGAUCAGCAAAGCCUUCCAAGCCUGCCUUCAGCAAAAAAGACUUGCAGUAUUACGAAGAUGAAGAUUUCUCAUGGUCAAAAGACGUUGAGGAGAAACUGGCGAACUCGUUCAUGCUCUCCAAGUUCCGACCUCUUCAACGAGCAGCGAUCAAUCUCACCAUGUCAGGGAGAGACCUUUUUCUGGUGAUGCCAACAGGCCGUGGCAAGAGCUUGUGCUACCAGCUACCGGCUGUCUGUUCAAAAGGUUUUACGCUGGUCAUCGCUCCUUUGGUGUCUCUGAUGGAAGAUCAGCUCAUGUACCUGAAGGCCAUCAACGUUCCUGCUGUCACGCUCAAUGCUUCUAGUUCAAAGGAGGACUCUAAAUAUGUCAUGACGGGUAUGGUUGAUAAAAACAGCCCCUUCAAACUGCUCUACGUCACUCCAGAGAAGAUCGCCAAGAGCAAACUGCUGAUGUCUAAACUGGAGAAAGCUUAUAACUUGGGUCUGCUGGAGCGCAUCGCUGUGGACGAAGUUCACUGCUGCAGCCAGUGGGGACAUGAUUUUAGACCAGAUUACAAGCUCCUGGGCAUCCUCAAACGCCAGUUCCCCAAGGUCCCACUGAUCGGACUGACUGCCACCGCAACCAGCAGCGUUCUGAAAGACUGCCAGAAGAUCCUCUGUGUUCAGGAUCCAGUCACACUCACCGCACCAUUUAACAGGCCUAAUCUCUAUUACGAGGUUCGAUUUAAGGACAAUGAAGAUUCAAUCAAAGAAAUUGCAGCGCUGAUUAAAGGACGAUACAAGGACCAGUCGGGAAUAGUGUACGUCUUCUCUCAGAAAGAUGCAGAGACGGUGUCUACAGAGCUGCAGCAGAGGGGCAUCCUGGCCCAGCCGUACCACGCAAACAUGCAGCCUUCAGAUAAGACCCUGGUACAUCGCCAGUGGUCUAGCAAAAAGAUUCAGGUGGUGGUUGCGACAGUGGCAUUUGGAAUGGGCAUUGACAAGGCAGAUGUACGGUUUGUUAUUCACCAUACUAUCAGCAAGUCCAUGGAGAACUACUAUCAGGAGAGUGGACGUGCAGGGAGGGAUGACAGUCCAGCAGACUGCAUAGUGUUCUAUGGGUUUGCGGAUAUUUUCAGGAUCAGCACCAUGGUCGUGAUGGAGAACACCGGACAGCAGAAGCUCCAGAACAUGGUGGCUUAUUGUCAAAACGUGGACAGGUGUCGGCGUGCCAUGAUGGCGGUUCAUUUUGAUGAAGUUUGGGAUGAUGAUGAGUGCAACCAGACAUGUGAUGUCUGUCGCCAUGGCAACGACUACAUCACCAUGGACAUCACCAAGCACGCACGUGAGGUGGUGGACAUAGUAGAGUUGGCCGCGUCUAUGGACGAGAAAAUGACUCCUCUAAAGGUGUGCGACACCUGGAUGGGCAAAGGCAACGCCAAAAUCCGUAAAAUGUCCAAGGUCACGACCUUAUCACGCCUGGAGGUGGAGUCCAUCAUUGUUCAUCUUUUACUGCAUGGCUACUUAAGUGAAGAUUUCAGCUUCACGCCAUACACUACCUACUUUUACCUGAAAGCAGGACGUAAAGCUGGCUUACUGAAGAAUGACACCCACUCUAUAACGAUGAAGAUAAGGAGGAAAGUGUCAGCACCCAGCUCAAGUAUUGACCAAACAGCCGGUGAGCUGCAGGAAGAAAUGCAUGGAUGCUUAAAGGAUGCAAAUACUGAUCAAAGUGCAAAUGGAAAUAUAAUCAAAAUGAACACCGACCAACCAAACCCUGAGGGGAGACUUUGCCAAAAUGAGUCAGACUCUAGCUGUUUACAAGCACCUGAACGUAGCCAGCCAUCUGUAAUCGAAGUAAAUGUUGAAGUGAACGCUCAGGAACAGAAAGGGUUCACCGGAAACGGCAUCCAAGAUCAUCUUCAUAAAAUGAGACAACUGGUGCCGGCUAAAAGACGACAACAGUUUUCACCACCGUCUUCGAAAUCAGUUCUGGCCAGCUGUCCAUCAGAGACCUCAAUAAUUUCUGCAGCAGCCCUAGAAGAGCUGUGCGACCUUCGCAACUACUACAGCAAACAGUUAAGGAGGAUAAACUACACUUCCCACGAGCAGCUGCAGGAAUCUGGGUCUGGAAUGCUGACGUGUAUAAGGGAGCCACUAAGAAGUCUCCGUCUCCCAUCCAGUACCACCAUAGCCAAAAGUGCUAGAAAUUUAUGGACACGUGUUAGUAUGAGAAGGAAACUUAUCCAGAGAUAAAUGUGCUUUUUUUGGGGGGGUAUGAAACAUACGAAAAUUAUGGAAGUUACCUCAGAGUUAAAUUUUUAAAAGCUGCUUUCUGCUUGCUUCAGAAAUGUUUGGUGUUGCACUGUCUACUUGUUGGGGGGGAAACACAGAUCAGUGUUUAAUUUAUAAAUUGUUUUUUUUAUAUGCUGGUGUUAAAGUAAUUAAGUAAUAAAUAUUUAGAAAAAAAAGAUGAGCAUUCGUUAGUAUGUUAGUUUAUACGACAGCACUGUUAAAUUCUGGUCACUAACCAAUCAGAAAGCAGAAUUUAACAGUGCUGUGGUCACUAACACAAGCUUGUGGACAAACUACACGUUAACAGAUUAAUAAAUAAAUAAAUUGAAGCUGUAACUAAGUCUCCGGGACAGAUGAGUUCAUAACUAGUGUCUCAGUUAAGUGUUAACUGAGACAAGAGGUCUUUGUGGGUGUUUUGUUUUGUUUUGAAGAGUAAAAGCCACUUGCAAGGAAAUGAAUAUUUGUAGCUGCUAUAUCACGAGUAAUAUCGGGAACUAGCUUUUUAUCCUGUACCAUUAAAAACUGCUGUUUAAUAAACAAAAUUUGUUGUUUUUUGUAAUGCCGCUUAUACCACAGUGAAUUUCAAUUACAAUUUACUGUGCUAUAAGAGGAACAAAACUUUGAUAUUUGUUGUUUAUAGGAAAAUAAUCAACUUCAUAUCGUCAUGGUGGUAACUGUAAAUUCCACUUCAUUACACCACUCUAUUGUUGAUUAUUUUCCUCUAAACACACACCCUUAAGUGAUUUAUUCAUUUUAUCCCACUUUUCACACUCACUUUUUAUCCGUUCAUUUCAAUUAUGUUUAAUGUAAUAUCCUUAUUAUAUAUACAAGUUAUAAUGGUUUAUUAGGUUUUUUUAUUUGUUUAAAAAAAGAAAAAUAAAUGUUUUGUGUGUUUGUUUGCUUAAAUGCCAUUCAGUUGAUAAGCAAUUCUAGUUUCUAAACAAAUCAUUUAAAAAAAUGAUUAUAAUUAUAAUUGCUUCUAAAAGAGGAAGCCGUAUUUGAUUUUGCUAUGUUUUCCUCCUUGUUAAUGGUAUUCCUUUUUUUGUAACGGCUCAACAAGUUAUACUGUUUGCAUUUUGACUAGAAAUAAACUUUCUGAUUCAAUGGUACACGGACAAUGUU